UAAACACUCACUGUUCCCUAGCUGAUGUCAGUCGCUAUCUGCAUUUCCAGCGAGACGUGUCAGGCGUGAUCAUCGAUAAACCAGCACAAAACUAGCCAGCCACAUAUCCCCGAACCGAUAAGGUUGGAUGACAUCGUCGGUUGAACUUUAAGAGAGCUAGCUUGUUUUUCUUUCCAUUUCACAUCAGGCAAGUCUGUGACAACUGAACAAGCCAACAGCCUCCUUGUCUUUCGACUGGCUCAACCUUUAUACUGUACAACCGAGCUAGGAAGAACUUUUCAUCGUUAUUCUGGCAGCUUGUCUAUAGCGCUAACAUUAGCCAACUUCUUCUCUUUUCUUUUUUUCCCCCCAAACAGCACAUAUACUGAGUACUCGAUAUAUUUUAUAUGCCAAGAAAGCCUUCUUUCGUUUUUUUAACAAGCCGUUUUUUCGAAGAACUACCUUUAGCUUAAACUAACAAUAUUUGGCAAACAGCUUGCCUGUAAAACGGGGCAAAGCAACCAUAGCUGCUGAAGACGUGUCAGCGCCAGCCUUGACUAGCCAGCUAACAACAAACCAUUACCUGAACCAUUUUAACAAUCAUUAAGGACGAAAACUGUUCGGCUUUCAAAACAGACUGGUGCUGUAUUCAUGACCUUUAACUUUUAAAUAGCCAGUUUGAGACGCUGCAGGAGUAACUGUUUAACGUUACCUCUCGCCUUUUAAAAUAAUCACUGACAGAGCAACGAGCCACCUGAGUGUUAGAAGGAGAGCCAGUGGUAGGACCUGAGGCAGGUUGUGUACAGCCACGGAAUCCCUCAUCGGAUUGUUAUAUUAUCAGUGUUAUUGUUGAAAAUGGCGGCGAUCGGAAUGGUGCAGAUGUUGAUCGAAGCAGCCGAGUACCUUGAUCGCAGGGAACGAGAAGCAGAACAUGGCUAUGCCUCCAUGCCACCCUUCAUCAGCAGUCGAGAGAGGGAAAGCCUGAAAAGGAAAAGCAAAAGCAAGAAAAACACAAGUAGCAGGUCUACGCACAAUGAAAUGGAAAAGAACAGGCGGGCACAUCUACGGCUGUGUUUAGAGCGCUUGAAAUCUCUUGUUCCCUUGGGACCAGACGCCAACAGGCACACCACCCUCAGCCUGCUGAUGAAGGCCAAAGAUCACAUCAAGAGGUUGGAGGAGAGUGACAGGAGAGCUCAGCACACCUUGGAGCAGCUACAGCGGGAGCAGAGACACCUUAGGAGGCGUUUGGAGCAGCUGGGGGUGGAGAGGACCCGCAUGGACAGCACUGGCUCCACUGUGUCCUCUGACAAGUCUGACUCUGACCAGGAAGACCUGGAUGUGGACGUGGAGGGGACGGACUACCUGCUGGGUGACUUGGAGUGGAGCACCAGCAGUGUGAGCGACUCAGGGGACGAGCGAGGCAGCCUGCGCAGCAGCUGUAGCGACGAGGGCUACUCCAGCGCCAGCCUGCAGCGCCUGCAGGACACUCAGGAGAGGGCCAAGCAGCUGGGCUGCAGCCUAUAAACAGCACUGGUCACUGACCCAACACCCACCUCCUCCCCUCAGCCAAUCCCAUCCCAAGAUUGUCUCACCACUCCCUGGUCCCGCUCAUGACCUCACCCCACCCCCUCCCUUCCCUCCCCUGCCUCCCUUUCCACCAGGACUGACCAAGUCUGAAGCCUCUCCUCCAGCCAGGCCUCUGUGGACUUCCUGUCCCCACGGUGACUUCCAUUCAGACUGCAACACCUCUGAGACACCCACCCACAUCUAGUCCAUCAUCAGCGGUCAGUCUUUAGGGUGUCACUCGCUCUGCUCUGCACCAAUCAAACGAGUGGGAUUUUAAAGACACUCCACCCCCUCCGUCCCCUCCCCCCCGUCCGUCAGAACCACAACUUUCAGCCAGAGAAUGUUACCACACAAUAUCCCACUGCCUCUUUUUCUAUGCCUCAAGAGCCAUGGGAAGCACUUAUGAGAUUUCACCCUUACUUCACAUACACGCGCAUACAUUAACACACACACACACACACGCACACUCACACACAGACCCCCCCUCCAUCGCUCCUAUUGUCCAGCGAGACAGAGUCCUCCCAAAGGUGUGACACUGACAUGAGGUGGGGCUUUUUUUUCCGCCCUGCUCACGGGUCAACCAUCUGUGCACGAUAAUUUGCACUUAAAAUUGCUUUUGUAAACAAGACUGUGUCAUCUUUUUCAAACACUGUCUCUUAAAAACUCAAAGGCCCCCACUGCAGCUGCUGCAGUAAUGUUACCCGAAGUGAGUGUUUGAAACGUGUCAGUUGUCUGCCUGUGCUGUACGGUGCAGAAGACUUUGUGGACACUAAACUAAACUGUCGGGGCCGACAGCAAUACGUCCCUUAGUACUCGAGCUUUGGCGGGCAGUCUCGUAACUACCCUGUAAUUUUAUGUCCGCGCCUGCAGUUCAGAAGAGAAAGUAACACAAAAAACAAACAAAAAAAAAUUGUGCAGCAUGAGAUUGUGAACGGGCCGGGGUAUAUGGGAGGGUUUUUGGGGGUGGGUUUGAUGUUUUCUGCCUCUCUCUGAUGACGGUGGCGUUUUUACAGCAUCCUUUUAUCAUAUGUGUGUAUGUCACGUUUGAGCCUGGCGACGACAGGGGUCACUGGCAGGUUUGGAAACUUUAAACACCAGCCACCAGGCCGAAUGCUGGUAUAUUUUUGGCAGGUGCUGGUACAUUUUUGUACACUACUUCUUCACUGCCCCGUUCACCAGGUAUUAAAAGGAAGGGAGGAACCUAUCUACUGAGAGCAGUCGAGAGACUGGAGCACAUUCCACUAUGUAGAGAGGACAGGCAGGUGAGACUGAGAGCAUUAUUAUUAUUAUUUUUUUUUUUUGCGAGUGGAUGUUCCUGCCAAUUAUUUAGGAAGGAAGAGUUUAGUUUGAGACGAGGCGAGUCACCCUGAAACAGAGCGACUGGCUUUGGCUUUUCAGUGGGAACACACUGAGAAAGCUUGACUCUUUCUUUGUGUUCACACGUGAAGAGCACCAAAAUGUUAAAAACCACAGAUUUUCUCUCCUUCGCCUUGCCUUGAUAGCUAUUUAUUGUUUCAGCAAAAAUGUAUACCUUUUAAUGUAAAUAGUUUACAGAAAGAUCUCUAUGUCUAUCAACAAAUGUAUUUAUUAGAUAUACUAAAUAUAUAGAUGAAUAUAUAUAUAAAUAUAUUUAAUUAGUCAUAGCCUAUGUUCUUCUUGUGAGGUUUAUUGAGAGUUUCCUAUGUGUAGUUUGUUUGCACAGCCUAGUCAAUCUAUAGAAUAUUUAGAAAUGUCUCUUGUGCCUCAAGGCUUUUGUGUCUGUUCAGAAUUCGGCACGGUGCUCCUAGCAAAUGAAAUGUUUUCUUCGUGGUUGGUUCUAAUUUUUAGCUUUUUUUUCGAAGCCAUCUUGCCCUUUAGCGGAGGGAUAAUAGGACAAAAAAAUCUGUAUAAGUUCUAAAAAUGUGAACUAAAAAAGUAUAAAAAUGAGAGGAGCAGGUGGCCGGGCUAAGGGCAGCGAUGACUCCUCUGGCAGAGCGUGUUGCCUGUUCGCCCAUCUCCGUGCCUAGGAACCUCAAACAAAAUGGCUGCUCUCCCUGUGAGAUUUUAGUCCUUUGUAUGGUUCAGAAUCAUCACGGGCAGGGAGAGGAUCGCAGCUUUUUGUAUGUAGACGCCCUCAACCCUGCAGCACAGUGCCAAAGGAACCUCCCCUGCUCCUGCAUCCGCCACUUGUAAAUCUCAGUUAAAGCAUGAAGAUGGUACACCAAAAAAAAAACAAAAAAACAAAAAACUAAAAUCAGAAAAAUAGAUAUAAGAUUGUUCAGUCUUUUG